UCAGCCGUCAGCCAGUCGUCCGUUAGCCUGCCAGUCAAUUCGAGUCCUUCUUGUAGUCGUUGUCGAUUUUUGCGUAUUUUGAUAAUGUAGUUUCACGGGUGCAGCAAAUCGUAGCCAAAUCAGAUAAAAGUGAUCCUAGUGGAAGAAACUGUUCUCUACUGGCUUAUAAAUUACUAGUUUAAAUAAGAGCACAGCACAACAGCUCGAACGAAGAACGAAUCACGGAAGUAGCAAAAGCACAAAUAAACGGGUUACUUGCUGGUUUCUGUUUCGUUGUGGCCAACCAUAUUGUGAGCUGGGAGCGAUGGGCAGGGAACCACCUUCGCUGUACAACCUGUGCCUGUUGGCCUACGUCAAGAACCUGAACCACAACGUUGCCAGCCUGGAUCGGAUCGCGGACCUACGAUUACUUCCAACAGCCGUACUUGCCACCGUCUACGAUCAGAUGUGCAACUUUGACGCCCUGAAGGACAUCCUGUUGGUUCAGCUGACCGAUCUGGACACGUUUCACAAGCUCAUCAAGCAAGCCUCGCUCAAACAGAUUAUGUUCAAAUGUGUUCAAAUCUUGAUGACGGCACGGCGGCCGAUCGUGACCGAGUUGCGCACAAAGUUCUGCCGCACGACCACUGUCUACUAUCUGCAGGAUGUCAACGCCUCGCACGUGAAGGACGCCAAGCUGGAGCACUAUCUGUACGGGACGACGACGGCGGCGGCAACGGCGGAAGCUUCGUGUGAUGGUGGCGUCCCUGCGGAGGUGUGGCGCUUCGCCACUUCGUUCAUGGAUCAAAUCAACAACGGCGUACGGCUGGGAUCGUUCCUGUCGGAAGCCGGCUGGCUGGAGGAAUCGCUGCACGUGUUCAACAUCACUCUUCUCAUGAUUCAGCUGCUCCGAACUAGCUACAUGCGGUAUCUGAUUGAGCUGAAUUGUCUCCAGAAAUUACUUUAUGCGCAGACUGCAUUCUGCUGUUUCAAGGAAGCGAGCCUCAGUUGUGCCCAGGCGCUGAACAUUAUCGAUAAACUAACCCAGCAGCACCAACAGCAGUGCAGACCUCGAAGAUCCCCCAGUGGUAACCGAAGUAGCAGCAGCAGCAAACACAAAAAUAGUAAUAGUAAACCUAGCAGUGAUUAUAACAGUACCAGCCAUUCUAGUGGGAAAACAACCGGCAGUGAUAACGAUAGCCUCAGCGACAUACCAAACAGUUUGCUAGCUAACAUUUACCAGCAGAUUUCCGCGCUGCACUUCUACCGCAGCGAGUACGAUCUCAGCUAUCGAUGGAGCAUCCGGGCGCUGAAGCACAUCAACCGACACACACCGGACAAAAUCGUCGUCGACGUCCUGCGGCAGAUGGCGAAGUCCUGUGUGGUCAAGCGGCAAUUUCAGUCGGCCAGCAUGCUGAUCAAGCAGGCCGUUUGCAGGGCCGGAACCAGCUUCGGAACGAACCAUCAGAAGUACGCGGACGCUCUGCUUGACUACGGAUUCUUUCUGCUAAAUGUGGAUUCGAUCGCGAACAGUGUUGCUGUCCGUACGGAGGCGCUCGAAAUUCUCUGUCGAAUCUUUGGCUCCCGCAACCUGCACGUGGCGGUGGCCCACGAGGACCUCGCCUACUGCCUAUACGUGCUGGAGUAUAGCUCGGGAAAGUUCGAUUCGGCGACGGUUACCGUCGAGCGAGCGAUCGACAUCAUGAAAGAACUGGUGCCAUGUAAUCAUCUGAUGUUGGCUUCGGCCAAACGGGUUAAAGCCUUGAUCUUGGAGGAGAUCGCACUGGACUCGAUGGCUUCCACGAUCGACUACCAUAGGUGCAAAAGCUUGCUGGAACAAUCGGAAGAGUUGCAUCGGUCGGCGCUCCAUUUGUCCUUGGAAGCGUUCGGGGAAAUCAAUGUGCAAACGGCGAAACACUACGGCAAUCUGGGUCGGUUGUAUCAGUCAAUGUCGAAGUUUGACGAUGCCGAGCAGAUGCAUAAACGUGCAAUCAAAAUUAAAACGCACAUCCUCGGACCGUACGACUACGAGGUGGGUCUUUCUAUUGGGCAUCUGGCCUCGCUGUACAACUUUCACAUGCAGAAGUACCAGGAAGCGGAGGAGCUGUACUUAAAAAGUAUUGAUAUCAGUCUGCGACUGUUUGGUGAGUCGUACUCCGGGCUGGAGUACGAUUACCGGGGGCUGAUUCACAUCUACGAAAUCAACGGCGACCAGACGCGUUACGAUCAGUACUCGAACAUCCUGGAGGAGUGGCGAAUGCUGCGCGAGGAUAAUCAUACCGUUAAGAACAAUUUUCCGGCGGAUGUAACGGAAGAUGCCUCGAUGGAGGAGGUGACGCGUAAGUUUUUCGAAAUGUGUUCAACCAGUAGCUGCCCCACUGGGGCGGACCCGCUGACGGUGGAUCACGAGGCUCCGCCUGAUAGUGGCGAAAGUGGGCUCGGUGAUGAGGAAGAAGAACCUCCGGCGGCCGAUAGCAGUGACGAACUACUGGUACCACCUCCUACCGGUUCUGCUGCGUCAUCGUCGUCAUCCUCGGCAACGCCUUCAGCGGAGGAAAUGUUGCGCAGCAUGUGAGCAAACAGCUUUCGAUCGAAUCGACUGUGGGCCUCCUUAUAUGUGACGCUUUUGAGAAACGCAAACGCGUUUCCUCCCCUAUGAUUUCGCCUGUAACGCUAUCUAUGAGAAACGCUUGGCGUUAUGCUUGUCCUGCUUAAAAAUUGGUCGAUUAACUAUUGAAUUGAUUUGAAAUAACAGAGGAAAAACCUGAGAGUUUGAAUUGAAUUCAACCGUACCACUCCAAUUAUUUGAAUAAAUUUGCAGAGUUUUAACCAGUU